GAGAUGUUCGGCAAAGUCACAUUAAGCUUUUCCUUACUCCUCUUUUACAUAAUGAAUAAACUGAUUCUUAUUUUAAGGUUUUAUUCUUACCUGUGUUUCCUUUGUUUCCAUUUUGAACACUUUAAUUUACUUGUUAUACUUAAGUGUUUAAUCUGGAAUUGACUUUGGUAUAUGAUAGCAAGCCUCAUCUGGAUCUUUCUUUCAGUUUUAAUGUUCAGCACAUCUAUAUUGUUCAUUAAGCUUCUUUCUAUAACCUUAUUUUGCCAUUGAGUAGAAACAGGGAAAGCUGAAUAUCUAAUAAGAUGUAUUCCCAGCCGGGGACAAUAGGAAGGGAAACUAAAGAAAUUUCACUGGGGUUUGCUCUUGUACUGAGCUGUGUUAAACAUUAUAGGUUCAACUCACAGCCACUCAGGAUCCUGGCUCCCAGAGCACCACUGCUACUUUGUAUUUAUAGAUGACACAUUUCUAAGGAGCAAACGUGUUUCCACAGAGAGUAAUUUAUUCUCAUGACAAGUGAAGGGGGGAGAUGGAGGAAAAAUAUGUCACAGGCAGCUUGAUUUAUUUACUCCUCUCAGAAAUUAGGUGGAGUCGCGUUUGUUUGUUUUGCACCCUGAUGCUGGCUGAAAACCCAGUGGGCCUGGCAUCUCUUCUCUGUACAGUAUAGGCCAGAUGCUGGGCUGGGAGCAGAGAGCUGUGAUUCGUUAGAAAGGCAAGCACAGAUUGGUUCUCCAGUCCCUCAGAUCUCCCUGUUCCUUCACGGCAUUCUGAAGACCUGUCCACCAAUCACGGGGCUGCUUACUGGAAAAAGCAACUGCUGGAGAGCGCUGGGAGUCCCUAGCAACACUCCGAGGCUUUUGAAUCUGAGGGCGAACGGCUGUGUAGUCAGGUGUAGUCAGCCGAUAUUGGAGGAGAGCAGCACCUAUGCCUCAGGAAGAAAAGGCUGUCAGGAUGGACACUCCACAUACUGAAGAACCCUUCGAUAAGAAAGACAAAAAACCAGAAAAGCAGGAAGAGGAGAUGGAGUUUAAGGAACUGGGCGGUCUGAGGGAGGCCUUGGCGAAUCUCCGGGGACUGUCCGAGGAGGAGAAGAGUGAGAAGGCCAUGCUUUGCUCCCGCAUCCAAGAGCAGUCCCAGCUCAUCUGCAUCCUGAAGCGGAGGUCAGAUGAGGCCCUGGAGCGCUGCCAGAUCCUGGAGCUGCUCAACACAGAGCUGGAAGAGAAGAGGAUGCUGGAGGCUGAGAAGCUGAAGGCCGUGAGCGAGCAUGCCCAGAAGCUGGAGGAACGCUUUAUGACCCUGGCAGCCAACCACGAGUUGAUGAUCCGCUUCAAGGACGAACACAAGAGUCAGAACGUCAAGCUCAGGGAGGAGAAUGAGAAACUGAGGCUGGAGAAUGACAGCCUCUUCAGCCAGGCUCUGAAGGACCAGGAGGCCAAAGUGCGCCAGCUCACCGUCCGGAGCGAGGCCCUCUCCAAGGAGCUGGAGACCCUGAAACAGAGGUGUACUCGGGAUGCCCGCCAGGCACAAGCCAGAGAGAAAGAGCUGCUGGAGCUGCAGAGCCGGCAGGCCUGUGCCCACGCCAAGGAGACAGAGCAGCUGCACAGCCAGCUGCAGAGCCUCCAGCAGCAGCACCAGCAGAUCGCGGAGCAGAUGGCCGCGGCGGAGCAGGCUCACAGCAGCCUGAAGCAGGAGCUGCAGGCCAGACUGCAGACGGUCACUCGCGAGAAAGAUGAGCUGCUGCAGCUGUCCAUGGAAAGGGGCAGGGCGCUUCAGAGCAAGCAAGCGGAGAUCCGCCAGCUUGAGGAGAAGCUGGAGACAGCAGAUGAGGCCAGGAGGCAUGCGCUACAGAGGUUUGAACAGGAGGCCGUGGCCGUGGACAGUAACUUGAGAGUACGAGAACUUCAGCGCAGGAUCGAUGGGAUCCAGAAGGCCUAUGAUGAACUCAGGCUGCAAUCUGAAGCCUUCAAAAAGCACAGCCUGGGCCUUUUAAGCAAGGAGAGAGAACUCAACGCCAAACUCCGCCAUCUCUUCCCAUAGGAAGCUUCUGUUUCCUCUUUCCUCUAGUUUAGAAUUGAAAUAUUUGUGCCUUAGCAUUAUGUGUAUUAUACCUUUAAGCACAAUAGGAAAAAGAAAAGCUGCUUUACUAUGAUCUUGUGGUUAUUACUAUUGUAACGCUAACACUGAUUUUCAGUCCUACCACCUAGAAUACACAAGAUUUACCUGA